AUGCCCCCCAAGCACCUCAACUCGAACGCGAAGCGCACGCGCCCCCGCGCUCCCGGGGUCAAGGCUGGCCUUGAGCUCAUGGUCAACCUCGGCGGCAUCGCCGUCCUCGGCACCCAGCAGACGCCUUAUUACUACUUCCCGCCCGAGAAGCGCAUCCGCGCUGGCGUCGACCGCUGCACGCGCUGUGUCACGGCGUGCGGACCCAAGGCGGCAUGCAACGUCCAGCCUCUGCUCCGCGUUGGCACCAACCUUUGGAAGGGCCGCCAGUGCUACUACUGCACCAUCUUCCCCGCCGAGCUCCAGGGCGAGACAUGCUCCCUCGACGGUGCGCUGUACAUCUAUGACGGCGACCGCCGCCGUAUCCUACUCGUCGACGCCAAGGGCGAGAUCAUCAACCGCCCCAUUGACGACCUGGAUCUGCCCGACCUUCCGAGCCCCGUCGAGACGCCCGCCGACACGCCUGUAUCCACCCCGCCCCCCGCCUCCCCUGUCCUCGAGACCAAGCCCAUCGAGAACGCCGCAACCGAACCCACUCUCACUAUCCUUAAGGAGGCUCCUGCUCCCGCUCCUGUUCCUGCCUCUGUGCCCGCGCCCGCGCCCGUGCCCACGCCCGCAGCUGAGCCCGAGCCAACCCCUCCCACCCCUGUAACCCCAAUCACGCCCGUGCGCCUAUCUCCCGAGUGGUCGCACCCCCCGAAAGCGGUACCCUCCGUCCCGGCUCCGUCGACUCCCGUCGCCGAGCCCGUUUCCCUUCCUUCAGACUCUGCUGCACCCUCUACUCCUGCCCUGCCCGCCCUCGACUCGACCACCGCCACACCCGCCGACACACCCGGGCCGUCAACCCCCGCAUUCGCUUCUACCGCCACCAUUCCCUCCGCCGCCGUCAUCACCGAGUACCAGUGGCUUAAGGAUGACCUCUCGCUCGUCAACCGCAAGGCCAAGGCCGCCGCGGCGGUGCCCCCUGUCGAGCUCUCCGCUCUCGCCCCUGCCGCUCCCAUCGUUGACAAGGAGACGCCGAAGGCUGAGACCAAGGCUGAGGCGCCCAAACCUGUUGAGGCGCUCAAGGCUGCUGAGGCGCCCAAGCCCGUUGAGGCCGUCAAGGUCGUUGAGGCGCCCAAGCCCAUUCAGGCGCCUAAGCCUGUUGAGGCACCCAAGCCUGUCGAGGCCUCUAAACUCGUCGAGGUUGUCAAGCCUGUGAACGUCGUCAAGCCUGUGGCACCUCUUAAGCCCGUCGAGGUCAAGCCCGUCGAGGCUCCCAAGCCCGUCGAGACUCCCAAGCCCGUCGCUGCUCCCAAGCCUGUCGCUGCUCCCAAGCCCGUCGAGGCCUCCAAGCCCGUCGAGAAGCCUGCGCCCGCCCCCGUCGUUGUCCCCGCGCCGCCGCCGAAGCCCGCUCCCCCAGCCCCCGUCGUGGCUCCCGCCUCCGUGCCUGCGCCCAAGCACGUGCCCGCCCCCAUCACCGUGCCCUCGACCCCCGUCGCCCCCGCCGCACCCUCAGCCGAGCUGCCUUCCGACCCUCUCGCGCAGCUCGCCGUGUCCCGCCGCCCCCUCGCGGCCCUCAACGCGCUCUCCUCCCUGUUGGAGCAGGAGCUGGCGCAGCUCUCGGCGGCCAACGCCGAGGUCGAGCGCCUGCGUGCCCUCGUGCGCGCCAAGGAGGCUGAGCGCGCUGCCAAGGCUGCCCGCGUCGAGCAGUACCGCUGCGCGAUUGACCACGCGCUCACGGCCCUCGAGGAGGAGCGGAGCAGCCUCAUGCGCAUGCGCGGCAAGCUUGCUGCCGCGCUCGCCACCAAGUUGUAGGCACCUUAGAG